AUGGCAAGCAAACGAAAAUCCACCACCCCGUGCAUGGUUCGGACAUCACAAGUGGUAGAACAAGAUGUGCCCGAGGAAGCAGACAGGGCCAAAGAGAAAGGAAUUGGCAUGCCACAGCCUGAAUCAGCCAAGGACACUUGGGCAGCGGAACCUGAAAACUCUUCCAAAGACAAUGAAGUGAUAGAGGUGAAAUCUACAGGGGAAAACCAAUCCAAAAAGCUCCAAGGUGGUUACGAAUGCAAAUACUGCCCCUACUCCACGCAGAACCUGAACGAGUUCACGGAGCACGUUGACAUGCAACACCCCAACGUGAUCCUCAACCCCCUCUACGUGUGUGCCGAAUGUAACUUCACAACCAAAAAGUACGACUCCUUGUCUGACCACAACUCCAAGUUCCAUCCCGGGGAGACCAACUUCAAGCUGAAGCUCAUCAAGCGCAAUAAUCAGACCGUCUUGGAGCAGUCCAUCGACACCACCAACCACAUCGUGUCCAUCACCACCAGCGGCCCCGGAAGCGGGGAUGGUGACCCCGGGAUCUCAGUGAGUAAAACCCCCAUCAUGAAGCCAGGGAAACCGAAAGCCGAUGCCAAGAAGGUGCCCAAGAAGCCGGAGGAGGCCACCCCCGAGAACCACGUGGAAGGGACCGCCCGCCUGGUGACAGAUGCCGCUGAGAUCCUCUCGAGACUCGGGGGCGUAGAGCUCCUUCAGGACUCGCUAGGACAUGUCAUGCCUUCUGUCCAGCUCCCACCAAAUAUCAACCUUGUCCCCAAGGUCCCCGUCCCGCUGAACACUACCAAAUAUAAUUCUGCCCUGGAUACCAACGCCACCAUGAUCAACUCUUUCAACAAGUUCCCCUACCCGACCCAGGCAGAGCUGUCCUGGCUGACGGCAGCUUCCAAACACCCAGAGGAGCACAUCAGAAUCUGGUUUGCCACCCAGCGCUUAAAGCACGGCAUCAGCUGGUCCCCGGAGGAGGUGGAGGAGGCCCGGAAGAAGAUGUUCAACGGCACCAUCCAGUCUGUCCCCCCGACGAUCACCGUGCUGCCUGCUCAGCUGGCCCCCACGAAGAUGUCACAGCCCAUCCUCCAGACGGCUCUCCCAUGCCAGAUCCUUGGCCAGACCAGCCUGGUGCUGACUCAGGUGACCAGCGGGCCAGCGACUGUCUCCUGCUCCCCCAUCACGCUUGCUGUGGCUGGAGUGACCAACCACGGCCAGAAGAGACCUCUAGUGACUCCCCAGGCUGCCCCAGAGCCCAAGCGCCCCCACGUCGCUCAAGUGCCAGAGCCCCCACCCAAGGCGGCCAACCCCUCGCUGACCCCAGCCAGCGAUCGCAAGAAGACCAAGGAGCAGAUAGCGCACCUGAAGGCGAGCUUCCUGCAGAGCCAGUUCCCCGACGACGCUGAGGUCUACCGGCUCAUCGAGGUGACCGGCCUCGCCAGGAGCGAGAUCAAGAAGUGGUUCAGUGACCACCGGUACCGGUGUCAACGGGGCAUCGUCCACAUCACCAGCGAAUCCCUAGCCAAAGACCAGCUGGCCCUCGCCGCCUCCCGCCACGGCCGCACAUACCACGCGUACCCAGAUUUCGCCCCACAGAAGUUCAAAGAGAAAACCCAAGGUCAGAUGAAGAUCUUGGAAGACAGCUUUCUGAAAAGCUCUUUCCCGACCCAAGCAGAACUGGACAGGCUGCGGGUGGAGACGAAGCUGAGCCGGAGAGAGAUCGACUCCUGGUUCUCGGAGAGGCGCAAGCUUCGGGACAGCAUGGAGCAGGCCGUCCUGGAUUCCAUGGGGUCCGGCAAGAAAGGGCCAGAUGCGGCGGCCCCCAAUGGUGCCCUGUCCCGACUUGACCAGCUCUCCGGUGCCCAGCUGGCCAGCUCUCUGCCCAGCCCCUCACCAGCGAUUACAAAAAGUCAAGAGCAGGUUCAUCUCCUGAGGAGCACGUUUGCCCGAACCCAGUGGCCGACCCCGCAGGAGUAUGACCAGCUGGCGGCCAAGACCGGCCUGGUGCGAACUGAAAUCGUGCGCUGGUUCAAGGAGAACAGAUGCUUGCUCAAAACUGGAACCUUGAAAUGGCUAGAGCAGUACCAGCCGCAGCACGUGGCAGACGAUCACGGCUACGACGCCCCAUCGAGGAAAGUGGUCAAGACCGUCAUCACCGAGAACCCGAAGAACGGGAGUGAGGGGGGUCAUCAGUACUACAAGGACCCUAAAAAGCUCUGUGACGAGGACCUGGAGAAGCCAGGACCCAGAGGGAAGGCAGGUGGCGAGCAGACGAAAGACAGUUUGCCGGCAAAGCCCUCGGAGGCCACGUCGGACCGGUCGGAGGGCAACAGCCGGGACGGCCAGGCCAGUGAUGAGAAUGAGGAGUCAGGCGUCGUGGAUUGGGUGGAGGUGACGGUCGGAGAGGAGGACGCCGCCUCUGACAGGUCGGACAGCUGGAGUCAGACGGCGGCAGAAGGCACGGGGGAGCUGGCCGACACGGACUCGGACAGCGGCCCAGCGGAAGCCGGCCAGGCCUAG